AUGGGUCCAGCAUGCGCGUCGUGCAAGCAUCAAAGAAAAAAGUGCACAGAGAGCUGCGUUUUGGCUUGUUUCUUCCCAGUCGAGCGAUUAAGAGAGUUCCACGCUGUUCACAAGGUGUUUGGAGUAAGCAACGUGAUUAAGAUGAUCACGAGGCUGAGGGAUUUGGACGACCGCAAGAGGGCGGUUGAGUCCCUCAUAUGGGAGGCUUUGUGCCGACAGAGGGACCCAGUCUUAGGACCCUACAGCGAGUUCAGAAGGGUUCUCGAUGAACUCAACUCAUACAAAGCCCAAUUUCUCCAUGCAUCGACCAAUAAUAAUAAUAAUAAUAUUAGCAGCGUUGUUCAUCAGGCUGUAACAGCAGGCGAUUGUCCUAUCUUGGACUACAAGCUACCGGCUCCUAGCAAUAACAAUAACAAUGUCUACAUCAAUGGUAAUAAUACUAAUAAUAUAAUUAGCGUGGAAGGACAACAUUCACACAAUCAUCAUCAUAAUCGUUAUCGUCGCGGAUAUAUGAGUUGCAUGAAUGGUAACAACAACCAUAAUAAGGGUUCUUCUACAAUCGAUAUGUCGUCAGCCUUCAAUGGUUACUUGUUGCCUACACAUACUAAUAACGACGAUAAUAAUAAUAACAAUAAUAAUAACGUGGAGAGAUCUACUAGGCAUCAUCAUGUGUUUAGAGACCAUGGGGGAGUCGUGAUUACUGGCCCAAACCAGCAAUUCUAUCUUGCUGGUUAG